GGUUCCAAAGGUUGCCAAUAAUUCGAUGCAAAUUACCUAAGCACAUAUCCGCCUCAUAAAUGGGUCGGCGGCGUUCAUUAGCGGAGAUCUCUGGGCGACAAGCAGUGAUUAUGAUUAUAUAGAGGGGAGCACCAUCACCAGCAUCGGUAGUGGCUCUGGGCUGUCCACUUACGUCACCAGGCAGGCAGGCAGGCCGGCAGUCCGGCAGGGCAGGCAACAGGCACCAGUCAGCCGACACGGAUACAAGUUGAAGAUACAAACACACAGAUAUCGGGGGGCUUCUACAGAUACAGAUACAGAUACUUUGAAGCUGCAAACGAGGCGAUCCAUAUUUCUUUUUGAUUGAUCUACAGCCGAAGGCCGAAGGCAUGCAAAAAUGCAAUUCAGGGAGCGAGGAGCAGAGGAGGAGUCACACAAACCAGAUACAGAUACCACAGCGACGUAUCUUAAAACGAAAUAAAUUUCAGUACAAUUAGCGUUCGCUUAUUUUUGUUUUGAAUUUUAAUUUUUGUGCUUUUUUUUUUUGUAGUUUUUUGUUUUUUGACACGCUGCCUGUCAGCACCUCGUUGACAUGCAAAGUUACUUAAAACAAAACAAACAUUACAUGUAAAAAUAGUACAACAAAAAAGUCUUAAAUUAAGGGGAGGCCGGCUCUCAACUACGCGGAAUUCAAAAGGUCGGUAUGAAGACCAAAACCCGACCAAAGACCAACAGAUCCGACGGAGUAAUUAGGAAUCGUUCAACGUGAUUUCGAGAUACGUUGGCGGGAGAUCAACUGCUCGGUCAAUGAUCCCGCCACGGCAGAGGCCUUCCGAUGCCAAAUCAUCGAGCUGCCCAAGCGACAGGGCAAUUUCCUCAACACCCUGCUCCUGCUGCGGCGCCCGGUUCAGAAAAUGUGGGUGGAACUGAGUGUGGGUCAGAUCGGCAACAGGAGGGAUCGUCUGCUCCAGCAACUAAUCAAGAUCCGAGUGGAUGGCUGUCAUCUGAUCAAGUUCCGAAGCAAAAAUCGCAUCCUGAAUGCCGUGCUGAGAAAGCUACUGCAAUCCGGAAACUAUCCAGACGAGUGUCCACUUUUGGCGAAUGUAAACUAUACCUCCACACAUUUUGCCCUCAAUCCGGAUCACUUUCCCGCCUACAUGCCGGACAUGAAGUUCAAUACGAAAUUGGUCUUUCAGCUGAGCAAGACCAUCACCCUGAUCAGGGCCAGUGUGGACGCCGAGGUGAUGAGACGUUCCUAAACUAAAAUAUUUAUCAAUAAAGCAAAAGGAAAAACGUACAUAAACCGAUACACUUAUGCGUUUUAAUGACUAAGACUUGGGGUCUGAAAGGAGGAUGACUAAUGGCUCCGGUAUGGGAUAUGUGCAGACUACACACAUGAAGAUUAGACGCGAAAUCUCUCGCUCGAGAAAUCCAUAUAAUAUAUCUAUUUUUAUCAGACCCUAUAUGGCUAUUCCUGAAAUUUCACUAUCAUGACUUUCAACUUAUUUGCUCCACAUUUCAGACGGUCAACAUUUCAGAUGGUCGUGAUUCACGGCUGUGGAAUUUGGCCAGAAACUGGUUGACUGAUUUCUGCACUUUGCUGUUAAUUAAACAUAAAUACAUAAUACCCCUAGCUUAGCUUAGCUUAGCUAGUUGCUUAUCACAAAUCAGAUUAAAAACCUCAAUUUGAUUAAUGUUGUCCAUUCAACAGUUUCUCUUUUCGAUUACGAUUCAAAUCUGAACUUUGCCCUUUGUUGUCAAGUGAGUCAGCUCCGGCUACCUAUUUCUUAUAGGGUCUAUCUUUAACUUGUCCUUUUCGGUUUUUGGCUUUUAUUAUAAGCAGCUAACUGGUCUGAUAAUGCGAUUGCAGAAAAACAAAUAGAUUAAGAAAGAGCGCAGGCCCCUUUUCGAGUGCCGGACAAUCAAAUUAAGAAAUGACGUGAGUCUCCCCACCAAAGAGAUUUCUCAGACCCCAUAGAAG